AUGGGCCCCGCGGGCGGUGGCGCCUGGGAGCCGCUCGCCCAGCGGCGCGGCGGGCUCCCGGCGGGCCCCCCGCGGGCUGCGGCGCUGGUCGCCGUGGCCGCGCUGGGCGCGCUGGCCCUGCGGGCGGCGCGCUGGGGCCCCGAUGCCGCCGCCGGCGCCGCGCCGCGGGGCUCGGCGGAGUCCCUGGGCCUCCGGGAGGCCGGGCAGGAGGCGUCGGAGGAGGAGGGCACACAGGCCCGCGCGCACCUCCGCAGCGGUGGUGGCCAGGGCGCGGUGUGCAGGCGAGCCGAGGCCCACAAUCGAUCGGAGUCGGGGCUCAUGUGCUUCUUGGUCAUGCAGUCGAGCACGGACGAGCUCCCGCUUGUCCAGAAUCAGCUUAGGACGGGCGCUGGCAUUUUUGCCUGCGACGCUUUCGUCGUCUUCAGUGACAAGAUCAUGCAGAUCGGGGAGUAUGGCAUACUUCCGACCGCGCUUAUGACCACCAUCAUUCCGGGGAUCAGCCUUCAAGCUCCCGCUGGGACGUUGUCGCACAUCAUCAACUCCAGAAUCUUCCUGCACGCAUGGCAGCUCCUGUCCGAGGAGGUGUGCUUCAACGAGACGGACUGGUCUGUGAAGGUUGAUCCGGAUACGGUGUUCAUGCCGCGGCGCCUCAGGCCCCGGCUUCCCAAAGGCUGGGGCUCCAGCGAGCCAGCGGGCAUCUACAUGCGCAACUGCGAGGUGGCAGCCCCGACCGACCUGGGCUUCUACGGCGCCGUGGAGGUGCUCUCGCGCAGGGCCGUGCUCGCCAUGCUGGCUGGCCUGGACGAGUGCAAGGUGAACUUGGCGGUGAAUGGUCUCAACUACCUCGCGUUCGGCGAGGACCUUUUCACUCAGAUGUGCCUGGACUACGUCAGCGCAGCUCGGAGGUACGAUCCGGGGCUCCUGUCCGACGCUCUUUGCGGCUCGCGCCCCUCGGCGGACUGCUCGAGUGGCGCGGUGGCGCUGCACCCCUUCAAGACCGUGGACCAGCAGGUGGACUGCAUCCAUCAGGCGGCCCUUGCGGAGUCUGCGCCUCCACCACCGUGGGUCGCCGAAGGGCUGCGGGGCAGCGCGGGGCGCGGCGCGCUGCGGGUGCUGCUGGGCCGCGCGUCGCCGGCCCUGCUGCGGGCCGCGUGGUGCGCGUGGCAGCUCUCGGCGUGGCCCCACGCGGGGUGCGCGCGCGCGGGGGGCGGGCUCGCGGCUCCGCACACGUUGAACCACGGCCGCUUGAUCUUCGCGGGGUACCACGGAGUCGAGGCUCGUGAGAUUCUGGUCCACUGUGCCGCCGCGGUGCUUGGCGGAGGCGGAGUAGCUGGGUUGGCGGUCGUAGCCGUGGCUGCGGGCGCGCAGCGAACACUGGACGAGGCUCUCGAGGGCCGCUUGUGGGCAUUUUAUAAAUUUAAUUACACAUACGAGUUCACAGGUGCCCUCGCCGCAGUCCGUCGAAUUCUCGCCGCGAUCUCCGCGAUCACCGUCGCGCCGUGCCCCUACGAAGCCGACGUCGCGCGCGGCCAGACAGCGUUGCCACUUGUCGUGGCGCUUCCCGCCAGGCAGCCCUCGGAUCAGAACGACUCGCCCGAGGUCCGCGGCCAGCGGCAGCGGCGGCAGGCGGCGGGGCGGCUGGCGGCCGCGCUGCGCCGGGCGCACGGCGCGGCCGCAGGUGGCACCCUGCGGUGCUGGCUGGCGGGCGCCCUCCGCGGAUCGCUGCAGGCGGCGGCGCCCAGCAGCAGCGGGGCGAGCCUCGCCACCGAGGCCGAGCGCGCGGGCCGCGGCGCCACGGUUGGCGCGGGCGCGCGCGCCAGCGUGCUCGGCGCGGUGGCGCGCGCCAUCGGCGUGCGUGGCGGCGGCGGCGAGCCCGCGACGGCGUGGCGGUGGCUUGUGGUGGCCUGCUGGCGGGGGCAGGCGCGGAAGCAGCGGGCCCGCGCCCGGGCGGGGCCCCUCGUGGACUCGGCGCUGGUGUGGGCCUGCAGCCGCCUGAGCGUCUACUCCUCCAGGUGGGUGCUGGGCAUCUGCUUCUGGGCGCUGCGCUCCCUCUCCGCGGGCGGGCGCCUGCAGGAGGCGCGCGCGGAGCAGGCGAGGCUGAAGGCCGGGCUGGCGAGCGGCCUGCGGCACCAGCGGGGCCUCGAGGGGGAGCUGGAGGCCGCCCGCGCGGAGGCCCAGCGCCUCCGCCUCCAGAGCGGUGCGACGAAGGACCGCCUCCGGAACCUCGUCGACCUGCAGGACAGGACGGCCGCGGCAGAGCCGGCGCGAGAGGAGUCCUCCGUGAUCACCAUCGUCACCACCACGGGCCGGGCCCGAGGCCCGCCGGGCCCGCGGGCGCUGAAGGGCCUGUAGCCUGCCCGCAGACGCGGCAGACAGGCGCUGCGCUGGCCCGACCAGCUUUGGCACGGAGGCCGAUGCCCGGCCGACGCCCUUCGCCUGCCGUUCCCAGAGCACGGCCGAGGUCCCAGGGUAUGCUGAUGCAAGUGUUUCUUCCCCCACCCUCCGCCAGGGGGAGGGCGAUGCCGGAUCGCGACGCGCGGGCGGCCGGACGAGGAAGUGGCUCCGAGGUCGCGCUGCGAAAAAAAGAGGAGGAAGAAGAAUAAUAAGAAGAAGGGC